UCUCCGUCAGACAUGGGGAAACGACAGAAAGCCUCUUCCUCCUAGACUAGUUCUCUAUUCUAAUGUGAAACUCUUUGACUAGGACACAACACCCCUACAAUUUGCACUCAACUUUUCAAUUUUAUUCUGUCUCUCACCAUUAUUUUAUACUACUUCUUUCGUGACCAUAACAAGACCACCUUCACUCUCUUCCCUCAAUAUUUUAAGUAACCCUUCUAGAUUUGAAUCCACAUAGACAAAGUCUCCUCAUUCGUCAAUCCAUUUCCACUCUCAAUCUUCCACAGUGUAUGGCAACAAAACAUAGCAUUGACACUCACUUGAGUUGAACAGAGAGAGUUGAAACCUCUUCAACCUCUGUUUUACUCUGUUUUGCUCUGUUUUCCCCUGUUUCCUCUGUUCUUCCUUCACUGUGAUGAUGGCUCAAAAGCAGCACUUCUUACACGAGCUUCUGAAGGAGGAUCAAGAACCGUUCCUCCUCAACAAUUACAUCUCUGAUAGGUGCAGCCAGAUGAAAAGGCCUUCACCCAAGACAAGUUUACAAGCCAAGAAACGCAAACCAAUCUUCAAUCAAAGCUCAAACUUCCCUGUAAAUCUCUGCAGAAAAACUUGCCUGUUCUCCUUCACAGAAACCGCCACAACCCCUGACCUCCUCAGAAAAUCUCCACUCUUCGAACCUAGAAGCCCCUGCAAGUCUCCCAACGCCAUUUUCCUCCACAUCCCUUCUCGAACUUCAGCUCUGCUUCUUGAAGCUGCUCUCAGGAUCCAGAAACAGUCCUCAUCUACUUCCAAAUCCAAAACCAGAGGCUUCGGGCUUUUCGGGUCUUUAUUCAAGAGACUAACACAGCGAAACAACAACUACAGUACUUCCAAAUCCUCUGUGAAAUGGGGUUCGCGUAGAAAACUCUGUAAUGGAACAGAGGAGAAGAUGGAGGAGUCUCAGAAGGAAAGCAACAAUGCUUCUGAGGUGGGGUUUCUCUGUUCUUACAAUGGCAGGACUAGUAGUGCUGUUUGGUCUGAGAGCAACGAAGAUAAAUCACCUUCAAGCAGUGGCCACUCUGAUGAUGAUGACUCUGAAGUGAUUCACUUUGUGACUGAUAAUCAGCAAACAUGUGAUUUUUGCAGCCACCACAGUGCUUUCUGUGAAAGUCCUUUCCGUUUUGCUCUUCAAACGAGUUCUUCUCCUUCCUCCGGCCACCACACGCCGGAGCUACUGUCUCCAAGUCGCCACAUAAUAGAGGACAAAGAAAGUAAAGGAGGUGAGACCCUCAAUGAAAUGAAGUCAGGGGAAGAGGUUGAAGAAGAAGAUAAGGAACAAUGUAGUCCAGUGUCUGUUUUAGACCCUCCCUUCGAGGAUGAUGAUGAUGAAGGGCAUGGAAACAACAAUGAGAAUGAUGAUGAUGAUGAUGAUGAUGGUGAUUUUGAUCUGGAGAGCAGCUAUGCAAUUGUUCAGAGAGCUAAACAGCAACUGUUGUACAAGCUUUGCAGAUUUGAGAAACUAGCAGGGUUAGAUCCUGUAGAACUUGAGAAAAGGAUGCUGGAGCAAGAAGAGGACGAGGACGAGACUUUGAUGGAAGAGGGUGAUCAUGAAGAUGAGGAUAGAGAAGCAUCUUAUAAAGAGAAUGACUUAAGAGUUAUAGUUUUACAAGCUGUGUACCAGUCAAGGGUUAAUGACAGACAGCAAAUCCCACAAGAGUUUAGGAAACUAGUUUUUGAUCUCAUUGUGGAAGAAGAGAGAGGACUUAAUUCCCUAGAAGAUAAGGAAGUGGUGGCAAGAAAGAUAUGCAAGAGGCUUGAGUUGUGGAAAGAAGUGGAGUCUAACACAAUUGACAUGAUGAUAGAAGAGGAUUUCAACAGAGAGGAUUGUGUGUGGAAGAAAAAUGGUGAGCAGAUAAAGAUGAUGGCAGGGGAGGUUGAGCUUGCUAUCUUUGGCUUUCUGGUGGAGGAAUUUUCAGAGGAAUUAGUAUGUUAAUGUAAGCAAAUUUUGAAACAGCUGCGGAAUAGAAAAUGUUUUAACAUUUUUGGAUCAACUUCUCUUUCAUUAUAAUUAAUUUUGCAACCUAUAAGCUA